ACAAAAGGAAACGAAUACGUGUCAAGGCAAUUUGGUACCGUCAGAUUGGUUGAGGAGCCAAAAACGAACGGUUGGAUGGUGGAUUGGAUACACACGGGGCGUGUAAUCUGGAACCGUAAAGAACACACGCAGGACAAAGGCGGGUCAGGUAGCCUUCUGAUUUGGUUGGCGCCACUGAAAUCUUAAAGUCUCAAAUUCGCAAACCCCACCUCCGUUCCGUAUACACCUCUCUCUCCCUCCGUUUCUUCCUUCUAGGCUUCUUUGUUUCCUUCUCCGAUGGCGGCUUACGGCGGUGCUGCUCCUUACAGAUCAAGGGAAGGUCUUGUCACGAGGCCGGUGGCUAAUUCCGAAGAAAUCCAAUUGCGGAUUGAUCCGAUGCACGGCGAUUUGGACGACGAGAUCACCGGUCUCCGUAGCCAAGUCAGGAAAUUGAGAAACGUAGCUGAAGAGAUAGGGACAGAAGCAAAAUUCCAAAAUGAUUUCAUCAGUCAGCUGCAAAUGACACUGAUAAAAGCUCAGGCAGGGGUGAAGAACAAUGUAAGAAGAUUGAAUAAGAGCAUUGUCCAGUAUGGCUCAAACAAUGUUGUCCAUGUGGUUAUUUUUGCGCUAAUCUGUUUCUUUUUGGUGUAUCUUUGGUCCAAAAUGUCCAAACGAUGAAGAUAUUUUGAGUGCUUUUGAUGCCUCUCAUACUAUAAGAUCUCUUUAAAGGCCAAAAGAGAGUUGUUGUCAUGGACAAGUAAAUACUGGUUUCUUGUAUAUCCUUUCCCUUUAUCUGUCAGUUUACUGUAGAACAUACUGAAAACUUGGUUUGAGUUUUUUCCUUUUUUAAUUUUUUAACGAAAUGUUGGUUAAGGCAUUGGUCA